AAACCUCUGUUUCUCUCUCGCUCAAGCUCUUUCUUAUUUUCCACUAAAAACUUUCUCUUUCUCUUGCAAGUUUCUCGUUCAAAGCCCUCACUUUCUUUCUCAUUGCCCCUCUCCAAAUUCCCCUUUUCUCUUAUUCCUCAAAAUCCCCGUCGCCCCCUUUUUCUGCUUCUUCCAUUUUUUUUAAAAUUUUUUAACCCUAAAACUUGAGCUCCUUUGCUCUGUUUUUCUGAGUGACGAAACAGAAAUGGGUUUUUCGAAGAAAUCGCAAAUGGAAGUUGGGUUAGACGGUGAAGGCAAGAAAUGGGUAAUCGCUGGAAUUUCUUUAAGGACUUCACUGAAGCCUGUGAAUACCAGACCGAGAGGUAAAAACGUUGAAGACGAAGACGAAGACGAAGAAGCUUUUUCAACGACUCCAACAGCCAGAGAAUCAAGAAUACCAGAGAGAUUACCAUGCCCACCUGCCCCAAGAAAGCGCAGGCCUCCUUCAUCAAGAUGCCACUUCAAUGGAGCUCGAGAGUUCUUCAUUCCACCUGACUUGGACACCAUCUUCAAAAUCAAUGUCGAGAAAGCAAACUGAUCAUGAGUUGACAUUAUUUACUUGAAUCGUCAAAACUCAAAAACAUAGUUUUGUUUAGGUUAAUCAGGAGAAGUUUUCUUUGGGUUUUGUGCUUGUCUUUUUUUUUUUUCUUCAAUUAGUAUCAGAGUACUUGAUAAAGAUGCUGAUGUACAAAGUUGAUGAUAUAUUUAUGAAAUGGUAGUGUAGUUUUAGUCAGAAUUUUGUCUUUGGUUUUGAUCAGAGAGAAGUUUUUAAUGUAUUUUAUACAUAAUUUCUCAAGUUUAUCUCUUUGUUAGUGCUUGUAUCAGGAAUGAAAUGAUUGAUUAGAUGUA